AUGGCGACAGCUACUGUCGAAAGCACAAGCCACACAUCCACCGCCGUCGAAACUUACCAGCUUGAUGUCGAAUCCACAGCUCUAGUCCGCGCCGCAGAAGACAUCCUCUCCCUGACCCGCACGAUGAAAGAAACAUGGCUUUUUGGGAAACUGGACACGCUUGGUGAAGACGAGGCGGAUGUGAAACGUCGGGAGAAGCUAGAGCAAGACGCGGAUGCGAUUCAGAAGGCUGUUGAGGAUGGCGGGUUGUUGAAGGCUGCGAAGUAG